CCCAAAGCCACAACUUUAAUAACCAAUCUUUUCAUCCUGUGGAAUGGAGAGCAAAUAAUUGGAGAAUGGAAACUUGGAAAGCAGAGGAUUGUAGGAACCGAGGGUUUGAGAAGGGCAGAUUGCUAAGGGGAAAACUACCAUGAAGAAAUAUAUAAAGCCAAUGUUAUAUAACUCAAAAAAUUGCAUUCAAGAUAAAGAUCCACUAUUAUGCUUAGAUGAUUUGAAUCAUGAAUCAUUAUUAAGCAUAUGGAUGAAAUACUAUGGAAGUGACCCACGCAUUGCCCUUGGAAGAUAUUCUCCUUUGGAAAAAGAAAUCAUGCGUUUAGGUGGUGUGCAUACAAUAGCCACAAGGAGGCUUUUGGCUCAGAAAGAGAGAGAGGAAGAGAAGAUGCUGAAGGAGCUCAGGCAGAAAUCGCCCGAUUACCAAAAAGCAAUGGAAUAUAAAAAAGAACACCCCCUUCUAAAUACAGGGAAGAAAAGCAUGGAAAAAACAUGGACCGCUAGAAUAAUUAUUCCGCGAGAAGAACUUAAAGUGCCAACUAGAGAGAAGAAAACUAUCAAUAAGCACAUAGAAAGGAUGGAAUUGGGCCGAGGAUUGCAAGACUGGGCACAUUACAAGCAAUUCCAAAGCAGUUCCUUUCUACCAGCUGUGACUCCAGAUUCCAAACCAGCAAAUCAAGAAAGAGAUGAGGAUGAGGAAACCUCUAAAGCAAAUAAGACAGAAAUAAAAAUGAAUGUAAUUUUCAAGGCGGAUGAACCCAAAAAGACCAUCAUAAGCAAUCCAAAUGACAGGCAAACAUUUGACGUAAGGACAAAACUAGAACGCAACCUAGCAGGGCACACAAAUCGCACACGUUUCCUCCCCACGGAUUUCCCUGGUGAUCUGCUUUUCUUAAAUCAAAAUUACAAGUCCACAAGAAUUCAUCUUAGUCACAACAUGAAGUUAUUCCUCUCAAACAAAGAGGGUCAUUGGAAAAGCUGUUUUCAAUAUCCUUGAGAAGAUUCUCCUCAUUCUUAAAGCUCUCUCUAUUUCCCAGCUUAAUGCUGUGUUGAGGGUGUUUGUUAUCUCUGCUGGUCCCUGGUUUCUUUGCUUACUCCCACACACUUCUGGUGAGAAUCCUGGCUUCCCUAUUUGGGACUUCAGAAUUGUCAUAGCAUCUUCACCAGGAGUUCUGAUCUGAAGCUCUCGCUUUAAAACGGCUUUUGGUUGACAGCCCCAUUUGAGAUGAGAAAUUCCAUCUUAACCAUCAGUACAGCCCUUUCCUUCACCGAGGCACCAGGCAAUUGGUAUGCAGCUUCCCCAAGUGGCUAAAGUCACUCUGUUCAAU